UUCAGCCAAUCGCCUCCAUCUCUAUUCUUGUUCUCAACUCCGAACUUACCCUCUCUCUGUCUCUGCAACUGCAAACUACAAAGUCUACCUAUUACCUAUAUCGAAACCCAUAUCGGCAAAUCAUUUCAGAUUGUUCAAAAAAUCAAAACCCAUAUCUUUCAGUUUCCAUCGCCCGCUGUUCCAGUCGCCGUUCGCAAGCUUCAGCCGCUGUCUCUCAACUCUCAAGCUUGCCCCCCUCUCUCUCUGCAACUGCUAACUUGAUUUGGAAGACUAAUUGGUAAAUUUGGGUUGAACUUGAGUCUUGAACAAGCCGAAGGCCCUUAUCGUGGAUUAUAAUUUUUACAAUUACAGCAUCCUACGGUCCUACCCUCUUUUAGAGUGCUUUCAUCACUUCAGACUGACUUUUGUGCUUUGAGCAACUUGGAGGAGCUUGAUUUGAGUGUUAGUGUGAAGGGGCUGAUUACAGUAAAAGCCUAAUGCACCGCCAUUGAAGCCCUAAUGCUCGAUGAAAGCGUCACAAAAUAACGAAGGUAAAGGAUUCGGGUCAUGGCGAUUCAAGCCCUAAUCUGUUGAACAAAGGUUAAGCUAGUUAAAAAUCCCAAUGAAUAAAGGAGGAGGAGUUGGUACUGGAAGUGGGGGAGGAGGUGGACCAACCUUUGCUACAGCUGCCGCUGCAAUUCAAAAGCAGAAGACAUUGUUGCAGAGACUUGACACUGACAUUGGACAUAUUGUUGACAAUUUCAGUUUCCUUGUCAAUGUUGCCAGGGUUAAUGAUCCACCAGUUCGAAAUUCACAGGAAGCUUUCAUGAUGGAGAUGAGGGCAGCCAGAAUGGUUCAGGCAUCCGACUCAUUGCUUAAGUUGGUGUCGGAAUUGAAGCAGACUGCCACUUUUUCAGGAUUCGCAUCCCUAAAUGAUCAUGUAGAGCAAAGAAUAGAAGAGUUCAACCAACAGUCGGAAAGAACCGAUCGCAUGUUGGCUAGAAUUGGAGAGGAAGCAGCUGCUAGCCUCAAGGAGCUUGAAUCCAAUUACUAUUCUUCUGUACUGAGGACAAGCCAACCCCCUCAGCCAUGAAAUGAGGUUUCAAAAGACAAGCAGUGUAUUAUUGGAGUUAAAAUGUCUAUUGAACUGCAGGAGCUCUCUAUGUUGAUGAUCAUAAAAGAUCACCAUACAUUCACAAAAGUAAAAUGUGUUUAUUCUUAAUUUAUUACAUAACUUUUAACCAAUGGAUGAAAUUUUCAUGAACAAACAGUUUUACGUAUUUGUUUAUCAUUAUUGUUAUUAAUUUUUUUUUGGAAGUGAA